UUAAUAGCAUUUUCAGGAAAUCAUGGGCUCAGUUGAGCUUCAGAAAAAAGUGACUGAUUUCACUUUGAAAGUAACAAAUGACGAAUUUGGGAGCCUUUUUGAAGUGGCAGAGAAAACGUGUAAACUGGUGCAAUCUAUAAUCCUUCAAUUGAAGUGGAAAUCGACUGAUAAUCUUAUCACAUAUCUGCGUAGUACCAUCCAACAAGUUUGUGGAAGCGAGGAACAUUUAGUAGUUACAAAUGCAUGCUCAGUGGCGUGUAAUGUCAUUUUGAGACUGAUCAAAAUCAUCUCAAUUGAAGACCCCACUUACCUGGGUUCGACAUCAGAACAAUUUAUGUCUGGGUUGAUUAAACGUCAGGAAUCAAAACCAAGUUUAUCAGAAAGCAGUGACACCACGAAAAGUCAGUCCAAGAAAGAGUUGAAAGAAACGUUCAUAGAUUGUUUAGAAGAAUACACAGCGGAAUUAGAGAAUAGUUGUUCAAACAUUGCUUCUCAGAGCUUAGACCACAUUCACCACAAUGAAAUUAUUCUAACCAUCGGAUAUUCGAAAACAGUGAGCGAGUUCUUGAAAGAGGCAUCGCAAACUAGAAAGUUUCAAGUUCUAGUUUCAGAAGCGGCGCCGUCAUAUAAGGGUCACCAAAUGGCUCGAGAGCUAGUUGAUGCUGGUAUCAAUACCACGCUAUGCGCUGAUUCAAAUAUAUUUGCAGUUAUGUCUCGCGUAAAUAAAGUCUUGAUUGGCUCGAGGUUAAUCUUAGCAGAUGGUUCAAUUAUGUCCUGUGCAGGAGCUUUGUUAGUCGCUCAAGCAGCCCAACAUUUUUCAGUUCCGGUCAUAUGCUGCGGUGCGUUCUACAAAGUGACUCCAAAAUACUUGUCAUCACAAGACCAAAACUUCAGUACACUUCUCUCGCCUCAACAAUCGCUGCCUUUGAAACACAUUUCUAGUUUGCAGACUUUUGUAGCUAACCCGGCUUAUGAUUUUGUGCCUGCUAGUUACUUGACACUUCUCAUUUCCAGUUUAGGUGGGCAUGAUCCAUCCUAUAUCUUCAAGCUAAUUUUCGAUCUUUAUCCUGCAAUUGACAAUUAAAUUAUGAAUCGAGA